AUUAUUAUUCGUGAUUAUGAUUAUUAUUUGACAAAAGUGCGCCUGCGGCAAGCAGCCAUUCGAAGCAGCAGGUAAACUCUCAUGAGUGCGUUUUGAAAAGACAAUCUAAAAGGAUCGACAAACACGCUUUUGAAAGGAGACAUUAAAUUGCUUUGACAGCAGGAUUAGUAGUGGGAGGAAGUCACGCGUGUCCAAAAAUGUGGACGAGCUCGCUUGGGAGCGAGGGGGAGGUCACCUGAUUAGGCACACCUGCACGACCGAAUGGGAAAGAAGUGAUGAGCAUAUUCACGGUUUCAUUGGUGGGUGACAAUUUGGUCGAUUAAGCCUCAACUCAACUUUGUUUGGAACGCACAAAAAGUCUCCAUUUUUUAAUGUAUAUUUGGGGGAGGGGGGGGGGGAUUUUUCUUUUUUUAAAUUAGAAUUUAAAAAUAUAUAUAUUUUUAAAAUAUAUUUUGGGGAAUUUUGUUUCAAUUCAAUGUUUUUUUGUUUUUUUUUUUGGGGGGGGGAAAUUUGAAAUUUGAAUUAACAUUUUUUUUCAAAAGUCGCACGACGGACGGAGGCGUCAAGUCCAACCCGAAUAGUCGUACAGUGAAGAAGUUGGCUGGUCACGGCUCUUUAUCGCCCACUGCAGGCGGCGAAGCCAUCUUCGUGCGCGUUUUCCCGUCCGUGUUCGGGCUGAGACGUCGACAUGAAAAGCGGCGGCGGCGCUGAGAAAAGCUCUCAGUGGGCCGUCAAGAACGCUGGCGGGAAUGACACAGUGCCUUCGGUUUACUAAUUCACAGCGAGAAGAAGAGGCUGAGAAGGUGCCCUACUAAGAUCCAGUAAUAUUUGUUGUUCCCACAGAUCCAAGAGAGAACAUAUGCCUGGCCGCGAGCGACCACAACGUGGACAACACCACGGCCGUGUUGCGAGAAUGGCUGAAGAAUGCCCAGCGCGUCUACCAUUACGUGGAGUGGAGGCCCAUGGAGGAGCCCAGGUCCUACACAGACGAGUGGGGUCCCAAGCACUGGCCCGCGUCCCGGUUCAACCACGUGAUGAAGCUGAGGCAGGCGGCGCUCAAGGCCGCCAGGCAGCGAUGGGCCGACUUCAUAUUGUUCGUAGACAGUGACAACCUCCUGACCAACCCUCGUGCGCUCAACCUGCUGAUUGCUGAGAACUUGACCGUGGCCGCCCCCAUGUUGGAGUCCCGCUCCUUGUACUCCAACUUCUGGUGCGGCAUGACCCCACAGGGCUACUACAAGAGAACCCCGGACUACCAGCCAAUCAGGGAGUGGAAGCGCGUCGGCUGCUUCCCGGUUCCCAUGGUGCACAGCACGUUCCUGCUGGACCUGCGACGGGAGGCCAGCCGGGAUCUGGCCUUCUACCCGCCUCACCCCGACUACAGCUGGGCCUUCGACGACAUCAUGGCCUUCGCGUUCUCCGCGCGGCAAGCGGGCGUUCAGUUGCACGUGUGUAACAGAGAGCACUACGGCUUCCUUCCCGUCCCCCUCAAGCCGCAGCAGAAUGUCGAAGAUGAGCGCGAGAGUUUCAUACACACCAUCACGGAGGCCUUGAUCGACCACAAUAUCGAGCCCUCUGAGCACCUGUACGCUCCACCAUCACCGCAGGACACCAUCGGUUUAGAUGACAUCUUCCUGAUAAACCUGAAGCGCCGGCUGGACAGAAGAAGCCGGAUGUUGAAAACAAUGUCGGCGCUAGGCCUGCACGCCACGCUCUCGGCCGCAGUGGACGGCAAAGCUCUAAAUACAUCACAGCUGCAGGCGCUGGGAAUAGAAAUGAUGCCCGGCUACAAGGACCCGUACUCCGGCCGGGUCCUGACCAGAGGCGAGAUCGGCUGCUUCCUUAGCCAUCACUCAAUAUGGAGUCAGGUGGUGGAGCGGGGCCUUCAGAAAGUUCUUGUUCUAGAGGACGACGUGAGGUUCGAGCCCCGCUUCAAACGGCGACUGCAGGCCAUCUUGGAUGACGUGGACAAAGCCCAGCUGGACUGGGACCUCAUCUACGUGGGGCGUAAGCGCAUGCAAGUGCAGCAGCCCGAGCGCUCGGUGGACGGCGUGAACAACCUGGUGGAGGCCGACUAUUCGUACUGGACGCUGGGCUACGUGUUGUCGCUGCAGGGGGCCACGAAGCUAUUGGACGCCAAACCCUUCGCCAAGAUGCUGCCCGUCGAUGAGUUCCUGCCCGUCAUGUUCAACAAACACCCAAACGCGGAGUACAUGUCUCACUACGAGGCGCGAGACCUUCGGGCCUUCUCGGUGGAGCCGCUGCUCAUCUACCCCACGCACUACACGGGCGAGCCGGGCUACAUCAGCGACACCGAGACCUCCACCAUCUGGGACGACGAGGCCGUGGCCACCGACUGGGACCGGCAGCACGCCCGCAAGACCGCCCAGCAGGGCCGCAUCCGAACCGUGGCCCAGAACAGCGUCACGGGAGACUCGCCGCCGCCCGCCGCCAGGGCCUCGCGAGACGAACUCUGAAUUUGAUGGGAGUUUUUUUUUAACCAUGCUGUGUGUUUUGGAAAGGUUUUUAAAAGACACUUGAAGCGGAGAUACUGUAUAUGCGCGUGAACGCGGGUUGACAAGACGAGGAAGUGCCUUAAUUUAUUCCCACCGUGCCUCCUUUGGCGAUAUCUUUUGUACUACCCUGUUUCCUCGAAUCACGGCCGUGAUCUACUGAGGACAACAAAACUGAACGCCGACCUCAAAUAGACGAAAAAAAUGUCGUAACAAUAAGGACAUUAAAGACUUAACUGUCGAGCCCAUUUGUACUCUGUUGCAAACCAAAACAGCAGCACCUAAAUCCUUUUUCCAUGGAGUUGCAAUCUCUAGUUAUUCUUCUUCUUCUGUUUUGUUUUGUUUGUGUUUGAUAGCAGCCCCCCGAAACAACUCCAUCAACUGUUCUCAGGAGUUUCACCUCAUCUUUGUCUUUUCCUCAAAAGCUGUGCUGAUGGCUGAAUGCUGCCAUCUGCGGGGCUAUUUUAGCCAUUGCAGUGGUUUGUAAACCCGAAUUUAACAGACAAGCUCGGCGAGACCCUCUCCCACACCUACCCGUCGAAAAAGGUAGUUACUGUCUAUAUUCGUCGGUGGCAGUGAACGAUUGAAUUCCCCCCCAUCUGCAGUUAAGUCAAUAAAAAGCCCCUGGCCACUAUUGGAGGAAAUAUGGCGUUCAAAUUUUCUGUUUCCUCGAGGACCGCCUCGGUUUGAAAGAGCUGUUAACUUCGUCUGUAAAAGAAACAAAGUGUGUGUCAGCGUCAUUGUUAUUAUUAUUAUUAUUAUUAUUAUUAUUAUUUGCAAGCUGCUGUGCACACGGAUGGCGGAAGCGCCGUAUUUACGAGGGUCACGUGACCCCACGCAAAACCCAGCCCUUUUCUUGCCAAAAGCAGCAGGCCGGUCCUGCUUGUUCGCAGAGCCGACACGCAGCCAAAAGCUCUCAUUGCAAUUCAUCAUCGGGGCGAAGAUUUUACAUGUCGUGUAUGUCCUCAAAAAGCUUUUUUUUUUGGGGGGGGUUGUUUUGUUUUAUUCUCCAUGUCCAGGCUGAUUGAAUACAUGUUUGCUGUCGAUGAAACAACUUGUCACUCAUCCUUAAAGAAUUUGCAGACAUAAAAGGCGAGUUUUCAGUUUUCAAAAAGCAAAUGAACAUUUUCUUGUCAUAUUUGUUAAUACUGUCAGAAUGACCUGAUAGUAGUACAUGAGUAAAAUGAUGUGUGUGUGUGUGUGUGUGUGUGUGUUGUGUGGGGAAUCCUCUUCGGUUCCAUCUUGUGCCUCUAAUUGGAUUUGCAAGAGACCACCCGGCCCGAGGAAAAGCAACCAAUCGGAGACAGAGGGCAUGACUGACGAGGUGUCAAUCACUUCUUGUGCACCCAUGGGCGCAUUCAUAGCGCGCCUCAGGAGGAAAUGAUGAUUUGUUUUCUUUUUUAAAUGUUUUUACACAGUAAUAUAUUUUGCUUCCAAAUUUAAUAUUUGCAUUUUUUAGCAUGUGCCCUAAAACAACUUUUUCUUACACACAAGUACAGCAAAUAAGUCUUGCUUGUUUUUCAUGUCAUAUUAACUGACAACGUCAGCCAGCUGUCCUCAACGUGAAGGAUAUUUUUUAUUUAUUUAUUUUUUUUAAUUUGCGCACUCAGCACAAACAAGCUACUGCAGUACUGUUCUCAUUAACCUCCUGGCGAGGAGCUGCAGACAGUCAGCGCGCUCCAUAAAAAGCUUUCCGACUUGAAAGGGGACCAGCAGCCCCCUAGUGAAUUUGAGGUUGGGGUGAAGGUGAUUACGGACGAGGACCCCGUGCUGGUUUACACUUCCCGUCUGGAAGAGGAUCUGACGGGGCAAAUCUGGAGAUAAAGCGGGGCCUUGUGCUGGUUUGAGACACCUGGGACCUGUUUGAAAUGGUCAAAAAAAAAAAAAAAAAAAAAUCCAUGUUAUGUCUUAACGAACUGACAAGAUAAAUAUUAUUCGGAUUUAUCUAAUAACCUGACAAAACCCUUUUUUUAAAUGUAAUAAAAUACUUCAUACUCACCACAGAUGCUAAUUAUACAUUGUAUGACUGAAUGAAUGAAUUUUGCUCGUCGAACAGUUUUGCUAUGACCAACCAAUCGGAAGACAGAAAAAUGUUGACAUCAUCAAAGGCCAGCGCUUUGGCCCUGUG